AUGUCUCAGGAAAAGAAGUUUCAGCUUUCUGGCGUUGAAGAAGAAGAAGAAACAAAUGAUUAUGGUACAUCUAUUGUAUCUUGCAAUACUCAGUGGACACAGCUUGAAGAUGAAGAAAAAAUGCGUUUAAAGAUUUUAUUAGAUAGUUUUAAUGAAGAUCAAAUGCGGCGUUAUGAGAUUUUCCGUCGAGCAAAUCUUGAUAGAUCAAGUUUCAGAAGGAUGGUUAAUUCUAUGUUGAAUCAAAGUAUUACACCGAAUAUUUGUAUUGUUAUAUCUGGGUUUGUUAAAGUCUUUAUUGGUGAAAUUAUUGAAAAGGCACGCGAUAUUCAGCAACAAUGGGGACAUACGGGCCCAUUAGCACCUGAUCAUUUACGUGAAGCAUAUCGUAUAUAUAAACGAGACACUAAACGGAUGCCACAAAGCAGGGCACAUCGGAGAUUGUUUCGUUAG